GUGUCCCCGGGCGUGUCCCCCCUAUCCCGGCCAGCGGCCCUUGGAGUGUCCCCGGAGUGUCCCCAAAGCGUCCCCGGAGUGUCCCCAGCGGCCAUGGAGCCCCGCGAGCUGUUGGAGGUGCUGGUGGCCGUGGUGGCCACGCUUGGUGAGCUGGCAGCCACUGUGGCCGGGCCGUACAGGGAUGUGCUGCUGCAUGUGUCCCCAAGGUCCCUGCACAAGGCCCUGGGGACCUUCAUCGGUCACCUCCAGGACACUCUGGACCACCAAGGUGUCACCUCCCUGGGCCAGGCCCUGGCUGCCUUUAGGGCCAACCUGGGGGCCACCUGGGCCCAUGUGACAGCCGCAGCCAGUGCCUGGCGGGAGUCAGUGGCCAUGAUCGAGGACAGCUGGGCCCGGCUGGCCCGAGAGGCCACCGAGCUCCGUGACGCCUGCAGGGAUGCGGUCACUGCCGAGGCCACCACCGCGGCCACCAGCAGCGCCCUGGCUGGAGACCUGCAGGACAAGGCCACCCGCUGGGGGACAGCUCAGGAGAACCUGGUGGCCAAAGCCUGGCAGCUGCCACUGGCCACGGACAAGGAGAAGAUGGCCUCGGAGGAGGCAGCGCACGAGGCCCGGCUGGCGGCUGCCAGCAAAGAGACAGAGGCAGCCUCCAAGGCCAUGGAAGAUGCCGUGGUGGCCAGAAGCGAGGGGGAGGCAGCCACCAGGAGGGGACAGCGGGCAGAAGCAGCCCUGGGGCUGCUGGAGCGCUUGGUGGCUGCGUGUGACAAAGCCACUGCGUUCCCCCGGGAGCUGCAGUGUUGGCUCAGGGACAUCGAGGCCGCCCUGAAGGGGACAAAUGAGGCAUCCCCUGAUGUCCCUGAGGGCUUGGUGGCCAAGGUGGCCAAGGCCGAGCGGCUGUGGGAGGCCAGCAGCCGCCUGGCCACACGUCACCUGCUGAGGACACUUGGGGACAUCCGCAGGCUCCCUGGUGGCCCCGGUGCCCACGCGGUGGCCGAGAGGUGCCAAAGAGCCAUUGAAGACAUCCCGAGGCUGCUAGAAGGACAGUGAUGUCACCACUGUGAUGUCAUCGGGGUGGUGACACCAUUGGGGACAUCGCUGCUGUCACCUGUCCCCUGCCACUGUCCCAGCACAGGAUUUGAAAUAAAUCUGCGGAAUUUUCAUUAAAAUUGUCCCAAAUACUGAUGGGAAUUCCUGGGGUGACAUCACUGGGGAUAUUUGGGGACAGGAACCAACCCAGCAAGCCCUGGUCACUCAUGGGUGCUGUUUCCACGGUUAUGGGGACAAAUGGGGUCCUGGAAGGGAAAAUGGGGUUUUGAGGGGGUGAACUGGGUCCUGGCAGGGGAAUGAGCGUCCUGAGGGGGAAAAUGGGAUCCUACAUAGAUCAUUGAGGGUCCUGGAGGGGUAAAUUGGGGUCCUGGCAGGUUAAAUGGGGGUCCUGGCAGGUUAGAUGAAGGUCCUGAAUUCCAUCUGUAGGACCCCAAUGAACGCUUCAGAACCCUCAUUUACCCUUCCAGGACCUUCAUUUCCCCUGCCAGGACUCUGAGCCCCCCACUCUCAAGGCCACAUUUCCCCUUCCAGGACCCCAAUCA